AGCGGCGCGGCGGAGCGCCAGGGCGGCCGAGUCGGGCUCCGGCGCGCGCGGCUUCUCGUCCCGCGCCUGGGGAGACGGAGGGGGCCUGUCCCCUCCCGAGCCGGGCUCGGACCCUGGCCCGCAGAGCCGCCGCAGGCCUCCGGGGGUGAUCUCCUGCCCUGGACCCGGGCCUCCGGGGGUGACCUCGUCGCCUCCUGCCCUGGACCCGGGCGUCCGGGGCGCGCCAUGCUGGAGGGCGACAUCAGCCUGGAGGGGCUGCCCCCCGAGGAAGCCCCCUCGGCCCAGGCCGCCGGGGCCGUGGAUGGCGAGGGCGCGCCGCCCGGCGGUCCCGGCGCACAGACGGGCGAGAUGAGGGUCCACGAGAAGUACUCGACGCUCCCGGCCGAGGACCGCAGCGUCCACAUCAUCAACAUCUGCGCCAUCGAGGACAUCGGCUACCUGCCGUCCGAGGGCACGCUGCUGAACUCCUUGUCCGUGGACCCUGAUGCUGAAUGCAAGUACGGCCUGUACUUCCGCGAUGGCAGGCGCAAAGUGGACUACAUCCUGGUGUACCACCACAAGAGACCCUCCGGCAGCAGGACGCUGGCCAGGAGGGGCCAGCAGGGGGACGCCACGCUGGCGGCCCGCAGCAGCAAGCAGGACCAGCCCCUGCCCGGGAAGGGGGCCCUGGUGGGCGCGGGUGAGCCCGAGCCCCCGAUGGACUACCACGAGGACGACAAGCGCUUCCGCCGAGAGGAGUACGAGGGCAACCUCCUGGAGGCAGGCCUGGAGCUGGAGCGGGACGAGGACACCAAGAUGCACGGGGUUGGAUUUGUGAAGAUACACGCACCCUGGAGUGUGCUGUGCCGAGAGGCGGAGUUUUUGAAACUGAAGAUGCCAACAAAGAAGCUGUAUCACAUUAAUGAGACCCGUGGCCUUCUGAAAAAGAUCAACUCUGUGCUCCAGAAAAUCACGGACCCCAUCCAGCCCAAGGUGGCGGAGCACAGGCCCCAGAGCACGAAGAGACUCUCCUACCCGUUCUCCCGGGAGAAGCAGCACCUAUUUGACCUGUCUGACAAGGACUCCUUUUUUGACAGCAAAACCCGGAGUACAAUAGUCUACGAAAUCCUGAAGAGGACAACAUGUGCCAAGGCCAAGUACAGCAUGGGGCCAGGAGAGGCACGAAAGAAGGACUCUGCCCUUUUAAGUAAAAGGCGAAAAUGUGGUCAGUAUGGCAUCACGAGCCUGCUGGCCAAUGGCGUUUACUCGGCCGCCUACCCCCUGCACGAUGGAGACUACGAAGGUGAACACGUGCGGUUCAAUGACAGAAAACUCCUGUAUGAAGAGUGGGCAAGCUACAGGGUCUUCUAUAAGUACCAGCCCAUCGACCUGGUCAGGAAGUACUUUGGGGAGAAGAUCGGCCUCUACUUCGCCUGGCUGGGCGUGUACACGCAGAUGCUCAUCCCCGCCUCCGUGGUCGGGGUCAUCGUGUUCCUCUAUGGGUGUGCCACGGUUGACGAGAACAUCCCCAGCAUGGAGAUGUGCGACCAGACACGCAACAUCACCAUGUGCCCGCUGUGCGACAAGACCUGUAGCUACUGGAAGAUGAGCUCGGCCUGUGCCACUGCCCGCGCCAGCCACCUCUUCGACAACCCCGCCACAGUCUUCUUCUCCGUCUUCAUGGCCCUCUGGGCUGCCACCUUCAUGGAGCACUGGAAGCGGAAACAGAUGCGGCUCAACUACCGCUGGGACCUCACGGGCUUCGAGGAGGAAGAGGACCACCCCAGAGCCGAGUAUGAAGCCAGAGUUCUGGAGAAGUCACUUAGGAAAGAAUCCAGAAGCAAAGAGAAGCGCCAGCAUAUUCCAGAGGAGCCGACAAACAAAUGGAAGCAGAGGGUUAAGACAGCCAUGGCGGGGGUGAAAUUGACAGACAAGGUGAAGCUGACCUGGAGAGACCGGUUCCCAGCCUACUUCACCAACCUGGUUUCCAUUGUCUUCAUGAUCGCAGUGACCUUCGCUAUUGUCCUCGGCGUCAUCAUCUACAGAAUCUCCAUGGCUGCCGCCUUAGCCAUGAACUCCUCUCCGUCCGUGCGGUCCAACAUCCGGGUCACGGUCACAGCCACUGCGGUCAUCAUCAACCUGGUGGUCAUCAUCCUCCUGGAUGAGGUCUAUGGCUGCAUAGCCAGGUGGCUCACCAAGAUUGAGGUUCCAAAGACAGAGAAGAGCUUCGAGGAGAGGCUGAUCUUCAAGGCUUUCCUGCUGAAGUUCGUCAAUUCCUACACCCCCAUCUUCUACGUGGCUUUCUUCAAAGGCCGGUUCGUUGGACGCCCGGGCGACUACGUGUACAUUUUCCGCUCUUUCCGAAUGGAGGAGUGUGCGCCGGGGGGCUGCCUCAUGGAGCUCUGCAUCCAGCUCAGCAUCAUCAUGCUGGGGAAGCAACUGAUCCAGAACAACCUGUUUGAGAUCGGCAUCCCGAAGAUGAAGAAGUUCAUCCGCUACCUGAGACUGGAGCGCCAGCGCACCUACGACCACGAGGAGCACGGGAAACGGAAGCAGCGGUACGAGCUGGAUUACACCCUGGAGCCCUUCGCCGGCCUCACCCCAGAGUACAUGGAGAUGAUCAUCCAGUUCGGCUUUGUCACCUUGUUCGUGGCGUCCUUCCCACUGGCCCCGCUGUUCGCGCUGCUGAACAACAUCAUUGAGAUCCGCCUGGAUGCCAAAAAGUUCGUCACUGAGCUCCGAAGGCCGGUGGCUGUCAGAGCCAAGGACAUCGGAAUCUGGUACAACAUUCUCAGAGGCGUUGGGAAGCUUGCCGUCAUUAUCAACGCAUUUGUGAUCUCCUUCACGUCUGACUUCAUCCCUCGCCUGGUGUACCUGUACAUGUACAGCGAAAAUGGAACCAUGCAUGGCUUCGUCAACCACACCCUCUCUUCCUUCAACGUCAGCGACUUCCAGAAUGGCACGGCCCCCAACGACCCCAUGGACCUGGGCUAUGAAGUGCAGAUCUGCAGGUACAAAGAUUACCGGGAGCCCCCGUGGUCAGAACACAAGUACGACAUCUCCAAGGACUUCUGGGCCGUCCUGGCCGCCCGGUUGGCCUUCGUCAUUGUCUUCCAGAACCUGGUCAUGUUCAUGAGCGACUUUGUGGACUGGGUCAUUCCGGAUAUCCCCAAGGACAUCAGCCAUCAGGUGCACAAGGAGAAGGUGCUCAUGGUGGAGCUGUUCAUGAGGGAGGAGCAGGGCAAGCAGCAGCUGCUGGACACGUGGAUGGACAAGGACCGCGGUGGCGACGGGCCGUGCAACAGCCACAAGCCUGAAGCCCGCCUGGGCAGCCCUGAGUGCCCUGGGGGCGCCCUGUAGCUGCCCCGGCACCCCGACUGGUGGGCACCCUUUCCCGGCAGGUGGCUUUGUGCCCCCCGAGGCCCAGUGGCUCCAGAAGACCGCCUUCCGAUAGGAGAACGUCUUUCUGUCUUUUUUCUGUUUCCUCUUCCUUUGUUUUUGCACAAAACCAUUAUGCAGGGAACUUUUGUAUCUUUGGUAUCUGGGGUAGGGUGGUGACUCGGUGAACGCGGGUGCUCUGUUUGCAGAGACUGUUCUUGGAAACCUCGGGGGUCCUUUGCAGCGGGAGGUGAGCAGAGGCCACCAGAAAUCGUCCUCUGUGAUUGACCCUCCUGAUGCCUACGAGAGAUGUGAGCUGGCACUCCAGGGCGCGGGGCUAAAGCCGGUGCACCACCUGAGGGAGGACAGAGGGCCACGUAAGGAGAGGGCCGUGGGGAUACCGGGCCCAGGAGGGGUUGCCUGCCUCCACGUCAGAAAAGGGAGAAGGCUCUCACCAUCCUGUCCUUCCUGGAGUUCAGAGACACAGGCAGUCUGGGCAGAAAGAGCAGUGCCCCAGCCUGUCUCCCAGGGGGGUGGGAGCAGGUGGUCCGUGCCGUCGGGACCCCCCGCCCCUGCACGCCGCCCCACCGCAGUGAGCUGCUCUCAGCAUUAUCGGCCGCCCUUGUGGAACAAGACCAGGCUGACCGGAAAAGGAGCAGGGGGAUGACCUCACAGGCACUUCUAAAGACGCCUUAAGGGUUUUAAGAAAUCCUAAGGCAUCGGGGGGAACAUUCACAGCUUUAGAAUAUUUAUUGGGUUUUUUAAGAGAAUCAAUUCUAUGGUGGACUUAAGGGUUUUUUUUUCCUGUGGCUCGAAGGUGGAAGGAGGUUAUUUUAUUAGUUAACCAAAUAUCAUUGAGAGCAAUUUAAAAUACUGUUACUACCAAAGAUUUUUAUUAAUAAAGGCUUCUAUUUUGGUAACACUUCUCUAUAUUUUUACUUACAGGAAUGUUACUAUCAGACAAUCAUCAUUUUCAAGGCUUGUAAAAACAAGUCUCAUAGAUAUGAGCCAUCUAAAUCUGCAACAAUUACACUAACCAGUUACCUGAAAUUUCUUAAGCACCACGAGAAACAAACGUUUCACUGAAGGGAGGGAAGGGAGCAUAAACAUGCUUGUCUGGGACACGUGGUUGGCGUACAGUCAACAUUCCCAUAAGCUGCCGGCUAUGGUUGAAGCCCACAGGUGUCAUAGAUUUUCAUUAUUUUCUAAAAUCAUGCAAUCUGAUGCUUCUACUUUCUCUUGUACAGUAAGUAGUUUGAAAUGGUUUUUUUUGUAUAUAAAUACCAUAUUAAAAGUUAGGUGAUUACCAAGAAUCCUUUUAUGGAAACCGUUUUUUAAAAAACUGAAUGUACACAGAUCCACAGGAGGCCAUGGCUGAACAUUCAUCUAAAUAAAUUUGAAUAUACAACCGCUUUCUUCACUUA